GGGAGUACAGAGAACGUUCACCAGACUGAUUCCUGGGAUGUCAGGACUUUAAUAUGAAUAAAGACUGGAUAGACUUGGCUUGUACUCGCUAGAAUUUAGAAGAUUGAGGGGGGUUCUUAUAGAAACUUACAAUAUUCUUAAGGGGUUGGACAGGCUAGAUGCAGGAAGAUUGGUCUCGAUGUUGGGGAAGUCCAGAACAAGGGGUCACAGUUUAAGGAUAAGGGGGAAAUCUUUUAGGACCGAGAUGAGAAAAGCAUUUUUUCACACAGAGAGUGGUGAAACUCUGGAAUUCUCUGCCACAGAAGGUAGUUGAGGCCAAUUCAUUGGCUAUAUUUAAGAGGGAGUUAGACGUGGCCCUUGUGGCUAAAGGGAUCAGGGGGUAUGGAGAGAAGGCAGGUACAGGAUACUGAGUUGGAUGAUCAGCCAUGAUCAUAUUGACUGGCGGUGCAGGCUCGAAGGGCCGAAUGGCCUACUCCUGCACCUAAUCUCUAUGUUUCUAUGUUUGUAUUUUUCUAUUAAAAUAUACAUUGCCCCGCUUAGCUACUCCAGUGUUUUGUGUUUACCUUUGUUAUAAACCAGCAGUUGCAGUUGCUUGUUAUUGUGUUACAAGGUAAUAUUUGAUCAGCCUUAGCCCUGGUUAGGGGCCAUGGCGUUCACCGGAACUGGGAUUAAUGGAACGAAGGGAGUGUGUGAGAAGUCCGUCUGGGCCGGAGACUAUUGGACCAGAUGUAUCUGUACAUCUUCGCCAACCGUGCCACAGUCAGUACUGCCCGUGUCACACACUUCCGGAGACACAGGUUCAAUCUGUACCUCCCGUGCUACAAGAGCAAUCGUUCGUGCUCCGACGCCGCGCUACUGGCUGUGCUCUUGUUUCCUCCCACCUGCAAUUGAGCUGUAUAUUAAUGGUUUCUGUAACCACUGUACAUGGGACUAAUAGUGUAAAUGGAUGCGACAAUCUGGGGGAACGGUUGAUAAGAAUGUGGGGAGAAUUAAAAUCUGUGAACGUAAUAUACAUUGGUGUUUGAUGAGUUGCGUGGACACCGUGGUCCAAAGACUGUAGUCUCUGAACUCUGUCGGGGCUAAAGUUCAUUUGAUCAACGCAUCCAAAUUUGAAAACCUUCCAUUCAGCCAAUGUUCCACAGAACAUUUUAUGCGGGUCUUGUGUCAGUAAUAUCUCUUCUCUCCUUCACAGUGAACUUGUUGGCGAUUGUGAUUCUCUGUCGAGGUAAAUGCGGUCUCUCCAAAUGCAUCACUCUCUACCUGGUGGCCAUGGCAGCGUCUGAUCUCCUGGUCGGCAUCACCGAUCCAUUUCUGCGACUGACUAUUCAAUUUCACUUCCCAUAUUCGUUGCUGAACAUUACUCCCGUAUGCGCGACUACCCAAGUCCUGGUCUUUGCAUCCACCGCGGUCUCUGUCUGGCUGACGGUGGCAUUCACCUUCGAUCGGUUUGUGGCUAUUUGUUGUGAAAAGCUGAAAACAAGAUAUUGCACUGAGAGAACAGCGGCUGUGAUUAUCGGGGCAGUGAGUGUGCUGGGCUGUUUAGAGAACAUCCCCCGUUGUUUUACGUUAGUACCUGACUACGUGUUUGAUGAUCUUCCCUGGGGUUGCUACACCAAACCCACCUUCUAUACGUCGUCUGCAUGGAACGCGUAUGAGGUCACACACCGCGUUCUAACCCCUUGUAUCCCGUUCUUUCUGAUUCUUCUGCUCAAUGUGCUGACGGUCAGGCGGAUUGUAGCGGCCAGCAGAGUCCGCAGGGGUCUCCGGGACCGCAGCAACCGAGAGAAUGACAAGGACCCGGAGAUGGAGAAUCGCAGGAAAUCAAUUGUUUUACUCUUUAGUAUCACGGGCACUUUCAUAUCGCUGUGGGCAACGCAAGCUGUCUUUUACAUAUUUACUAGUAUUACGAAGACCGGACCUGACAGCUCCCCUACCGGUUAUUACUACAUCACAAGUGUCACGUCGGCGUUCUUGCAGCUGCUCAGUUCCUGCACUAACACGUGUAUUUACGUGGUGACUCAGAGUAAAUUCAGAGGUGAACUGAUAAACGCGGUUAAAUUCCCACUGAGCGCAAUACGUGCACAUUUACAAUCUGAAUUUCAUACAACACGCAAACAGGAUAUUUGAGCCACCCAUCCGGAGCGGGUGGAGCGGUGGUGGAGCGCUGCUGCUGCUGCGGCCCGACCUCCGGAGAUUCGGCGGCUGCAACUGCGGGUCUGGCGGACGGCGGCACCGGGAGCCCGCGGGUCCCUGGAGGGAGACCGCUUUUCAGGGCUCCCGCAACGGCGACUUCUCCCGCCCGAGUUGCGGGGUCGAAGAGCUCCUGGAGCGGGGCCUCACAGCACCGCCCCGCGCGGCUUGGAAUGGCCGCGGGACUCUGCGAACGCACGCCGGGGGCUCCAACACCAAGACCCGGUGUGCGACCUUGCAUCACCCGGCGUGGCUUUAAUGGCUGCGGGACAAUCGCCAUCGCCAGCUGGGGGCUUUGACUUUGACUCUGACAUGGAGUGCAGUGGAGAGAUACGUUUUUUGGCCUUCCAUCACAGCAGUGUGAUGGAUGUUUAUGUAAAUUAUGUUGUGUCUUGGGUCUAUUUGUUUGUAAUGUAUGGCUGCAGAAACGACAUUUCGUUUGGACCUCAAGGGGUCCAAAUGACAAAUACAUUGUAUUGUAUUGUAUUGUAUUGUACGCCGACAAUCCAACAAUUUUAAUUCAUCCCACUAUGUUCUCUGCAUACUCAAAUUUUUACUUCGGAGUCACGUGAGUGAUUCCGUGAAGACCCCAGCUCCAGUGCGCAUGCGGCAUUGUCGCACAGCGUGCAGAACGCGGCAGCCAGCGGGAGUCGGGCUAGCUCCCGCAUCCAGGGACGAGAGGUAAGUACUUACCUUAAUCGGGCCUUGUGAUUUUUGCUCCAGGGGGAGCAAAGUGAGGCAUGGUGAGCGGGCCCCGUUUCGACUCCAGCGUGGGGCCGACAGUGACGGGGAAAAGGUGCCACCCGGACCGCUAACGCUGCGGACCGCUGCUAGGAGCUACGCUAAUGCCGGUCCGCUGAACAGCUGUUCCGUACAGCCGCGGACCGGCGGGAAAAUUUUAAAAAACCCGACCAGCAGCCCUGCAGACUCCUGACCAGGAGAAUCACCGCCCGGGAACCGCCACAACGCCGCCUGGAAAACGGCAGGCAGCCUCUCCUUACAGGUAAGGGGAAAUCUUACCAAUUUACAGGUUCUACAGGAGCCAUCUUCCUCCAAGCUGGAACAGGUUGGAGAAGGCAAAAUAAGUAUGUCUGUCUCCCCAAGCCAAAGGAGGUCAUGAAGUUCACCUCCAGGAGAAGGACUGCCUGCCCAACUCCACACGAGGGUCCUUAUCUGGGAGGCAGCCACCGGUAGCGGUGGAGCUAUUUCAAUGCUCCCGCUCACUCGGCACCGAGCCGCUCCCUGUGCCGCCGGUGUAAAGGGGCACUGGCUGAAUGCCAAGGGAGCUGACUCCUACCCCAGUGCCAUUGCACUAGCCAUCUCCCUUGUCGAGGGAUUGAUGCAACAGGGAGUGGAGUGCUUUGCCUCCUCCCAUUUAGCGCAUCCUUUAUGCUCCUUUUUUAAGGGCUAAGGAGGCCAGGGCUGGGCUGGCUUAAGCGCUGGGCAGGCGGACGAGAACAGCAGUAUGCCAGGGGAGCAGGAUCAGGAAGAGCCACUGGGUGUCGUGGGCCACUACAUGGCUCCUCCACGCGACCAUCUUCCCAACAAAAGCCCUGCAGGAGCAGGCCUUUCCAGAGGCAAAUCCGCAGGCAGCUGGGUCUCGUAGACUCACAGACAAGCAGCGAAUUCUACGGAAGGUCAAGAUGUUACCACCUUUGCUCGCCUUUGGUGCUGACGCCUAAGAUGUUCCCAUAUUUGGGAUACUCGACUGAACGAUGGUGCAUAUAGACCUGCCCGCAACCCCGAAUAUAUGGGGCUAUGCAAACCGCUGCUGCGGGGAAGAGGGAGCAGGCUAUGGGACGAGCAGGACAUCACAUCCAACACCCAGCUGGCAGCACCCCUCGGCAUCCACCAGCAAUAUCAAACAAGGACUGGUGAAAGCCUGGUGACCGCUGCAGAUCCCCCAUAGUUCUUUUUAGACGGGGCCCAGAGCGGAGCCGUGGGAAGAUGCGCCGCCCCACCGACAGCACCAGCAUACCAGCAAACUACGCCUUCAUGAAAAACAACAAGCAUGGAGGUAGGUAGUCUGGUUCCUCCCAGUUUACACUAAAACAAGGGUGUUCUACUAAACUGCAUGGGGAGUGGGCUAAGCAUGGGAUGCUGUCACAAAUAACCAAAAUAUACUCAACAGCAUUAGGGGAUAAAAACGAAUUCAAAUUGGGCAUUUUACUGCCAGUUCAGCAAUGCGCCCAAAGGGCUGUUUCUCCCUCUAAGAAAAGAGAAGUGAGAAGGCAAGCUGAACUAAACAGGCACAUUACUAAACGGAUUGGAAUUUGUAUCGAAUAUAUUCACCAAAACUAUAAAAGAUGAUGAAUGUAGCAUCAUCAUUGAUCUAAUAUCACUAAAUAAAUCUGUUGAGUAUAUCCACUUUAAGAUGGAGGUGGAGUUUUGUCACUGCCAGACAUCUGAUCUCCCUAGGAUACCUAUGGGGAGCAUUGAUAUGGGAGAUGCUAACUAUCUUAUACCAUAUACUAGGAUCAUUAUAGAUACCUAAAUAUAUUUACCUGGAUCAUGGAUAUCCCGGUUAGGGCAACCAUGGGAGCAUAUAGCAUUUCAUAUGGUCUAAACCUCAGCCCUAAACUAUUAUAAAUGGCCAUGAAAAUAUUAAGAAAACAAGCAUAAUCAUGGCACAUAUUGGAUGAUAUCCUCAUAUUAGGGGAAACAAAGGAAUUAGCUGUGGAGCAGUUCUAGCUACGAAACAGCUCCCUAAACCUGAGGUUCAUCCCACGCCCAGAUAAACCAGAAUUGAAGCGUUACUACCAAGGAUUAUCUGGGCUUCAAUAAUAAUUCCGUCCAUAUGACUGUUACUUUGCCAAGAUACUUGGGUCACUAUAAUCAAAUCAUGAAUGUACCCACUGAAGCUAUAUCACAAUUAAGGUGGUGGGCAGACAUAUAUUUGGCAUAGUUUUCAGCCCUAUUAUCAUCACCAAUCCCAACUUGGUUAUUUUAAAAACCAAUGCCAGUACUUUAGGCUGGGGAGCAACUAAACUCCAUAUCCAGCACAGGUAACAGAUGGACCAAGUCACAAACAUCGUUACUACACAUACCGGGCAUCAACUUCUUGGGAUUGGUGAUCGCCUAUUGGGCUAAAAAGCAUAUGCAUUUCAAAUGCAGCACGUACAUAUGUGGUUACGGAUUGAUACUACUAUGGUGGUGGCUUAUAUCAACCAUAUGGGGAGCAUAAUAAUCAUUAUUGUGCAACAAAUUGGUCAAACAAAUCUGGCAAUGGUGUGUCAAAAGACAUUUUAACUAUCAGCUGCCUAUGUCCUAGGGAGCUAGAACACAGUGGGAGACACCAUGUCACGGGGUAAAAUUUAUGAUUACAUUGAAUAGAUGUCAUAACCCAAAAUAUCUGCUAAAUUUAUUAAGCAGUUUGAUAGCCAGAUAUCAAUUUGGUUGCACAAGACGGAAUUACCAGUAACCCAUGUAUGUGACUUAGGAACCAGAUUAGAGGCAGCAGCAAUAGAUGCCUAUACGCUGGAAGGGGGAAUUUCUGCUUUGCCUUCCUCCCUUCUGCCUCAUCAGUCGGGCACUUCGCAAUACAGAUGGGAUCUGUCUCCGAGAUAUUGAACGUGCCCGACCGGCCUACAGCCAUGGUUCCCAGUUCAUCACGACACGGUGGGCGAGUCACCUAUGGAUUUCCCUAGCGGACCAUGGUUGCUGACUCAACCCAGUAUCAGGCAUAAGCCACCCAUGCCAGGGAAACAUCAAACUCCUGGGUGCAGGUUUUGAAUAGACCUUACCAGGGACUGGGAUUAUCCAAAGGAACCAUUACCACCAUGUCGGCAUCCCUGCGAACAGUCACUAAAAGCUAACAUGGGUAAAAUACUGCCACGACGCAGGGACAACGAACUAUUCAACCACUGACGUAUUGGAGUUCCUGGAACAUCUACACCAUGACUAAAAGGUGAGUUACAGUGCCGUAAAUACAGCAUGGAGCGCCUUAUCUGCUUAUCUAAAACCGCAUGUCAGCAGAGCAUGGGAUCCCAUCCACUGAAGGUAAACUUAUGAAGGGCAACUAUAAUAUAAGCCCCAAACACCCAGGUAUAUACCCAUGUAUGGGAUAUUGGUGUGAUAUUGACAUACCUCAGAGAAUGGCACCAGCCAGAUCCCUCAGCUUGCUUAAUCUAUGUUUUUAAAAAAGGCUCAUGCUUAUGGCUCUCGUACACGCUCAAAGAGUCCGGUCACUCCAUAAACUAGACUGGAUACAUGGUGAUUACCCCAGACGCAUCAAGUUCAUAUUUAGGUCUGGUAAAAUCUAACUCGCAGGUAUAUGGAUUCGGCACGAACUAGCAGGGUCGAGAUCGCCUGUGUUUUCCGUGCUGUAGUCAUUAUAUGGCUAUAUGGACCAGGAACGCCCGAUUCACUGGUGGGAUUCCGGGCCUACCCACCAGAGUCCAGGUUGAGUGUGGUGACCCAUCUACUACUACAUAUAGACACAACCCACUAUCUUAGAGGGAGAGGAAAGCCUAUGGGUCAACCACAGUAACCCAAAACGGGGUACGAGCCAAACCACUCCAAGGUGGCUCAAAUAGGUACUGAAAGCUGCCGGAAUAGAUUAUAAUACAUUUUAAUCCCAUUCCACUAGGACAGCAUUGGUAUCAGCGGCUGAACGAAUGGACAUCCCGGUUGACCACAUUUUCAAUACAGCAGAAUGGUCAAGGGAACCGCGUUCAGAACAUUUUUUAUUAUAAACCGUUGAUAAACCUGAUUUAAUUGCAGGAGAAUAUUACAAACUGCAAUAUUAAUUUAAGCUCAGAGGAGCUCUGUUAUGUUGUUAUUGUUAACAAAUACCUUUCUGUUUCUUUUGAAAGCAGAUCCACUGGUUGAUUACGAUAACACUUCCUCCCUCAUAAACUUCGGCAGUGAGUGAAAUAAAAACUGUUACACGGUUUGAAAUCACAGACCU